AUGCGUUUCAAGCCUGCUCAGAUCAUCUCGCCAUCCUACCUCUUCAAUGUCCGCAUCCUCCAAGUCGUGCUCGCACUUAUCUAUCUGAUACUGCUAUGCUAUUGUGGUAUUCACCACGGCUGGUGGCUCAACCUUCAUCAGCCGUUGGGCUUUGGCAUCUCUGCCUCCUUACUCACGAUCCUAAUCGCCAUACCCGACAUUCUCAACCGAGACUUCACGCUCUCGAAUACGCUCUCCACCUACUUGUUCCAUUUCCUCCGCCUACUCUUCGAACUCCUCCUCAUCGCACUCUGGUGUGCCGCCUUCGUCACGAUGCUGCUACCCAAGGGCAAGGACUUCAGGCUGCUCUUUCAUAGGCCGCCGUACGUGGAGUGGAUUUGUGCGGUUGUGCUCGCUGCGAUUGAGCUGCUGGUUUUUGUAUGGAGUAUGGUGCUAGUGCUGCAGGAGAAGUACAAGGUUUCCGGCUGA